AGCAAAGCAGGCUUUGGUGCAGAGGUGUCUGGAAUCGAUCUGAACAACUUCAGCGAUGCGGACUUCGACUUCAUAUCAGAUGCUCUGCACAAGCACAAAUUGCUUGUAUUCAAGGAGCAACCGGCUAUGCUGACUCCUCAGCAACAAUUUCGACUCACUUCUAGCUUUGAUCCAGACGACACAACAGGAGGCUUUGCUCAUGGCGCAGAUCCAUACUUGACGUCCCACAAUGGCGUAGAAAUCUAUGGACUUCCCCAGCGUCCUGCGAUUCCAGUCCAACCACAAGUCCAUAUCCUUGGACGUGGCGAGCUUCCAGACGGGCACUACCAAUUCCCACCUGGCUUCAAGGUCAAAGGCAUCAACCACGUUGACUUCCACUUACCGCCUCACAUCCCAGCAGAAGAGCGCGAGAAAGGCGCGAGCCGAUUUUACCAAUGGCAUUGGGACGGAGCACUCUAUAACAUCCCGCCACCAAGAGUUGGGUGCCUACUAGCAGUCAGAACACCCAAAGGGCCGGACGUGACCGUCAGGUGGGAAGAUGGCAGUAGAGAUGAGAUGAAAAUGGCCCCGGGUGCCACGGCAAUGGUAGCCGGAAGUCGAGCUCUCGAGCUACUCGACGACGAAACUCGCAACAUCGUCAUGAAUUCCCGAAUCGAAUACGCUCCCCACGCCUUCAAAUGGAUGUCAACAGCCCGCAGCACCCGACUCGGCCACACCCUCGAGACCGAAGGCAAAGAAACCCCCCUAUCCAAACUCCCUCCCUGGGGAAAAUCCAAAAUCUGUAUCUACCCCAUGGUCUGGACGAACCCGCAAACCGGGGAAAAAUCCCUCCAAGUCCACGGCCAAGGUGCGUUGAAACUAUACCUCAAAGACAAUCCCGAUAGCAGUGAGGAAAGGAUUGUAGAGAAUUUGAAGGAUGUGAGGGAGUUUUUGCACAGAAUUAUGAGGCCGGUGCUUUCCCCGGAGAAUAUUUAUGCGCAUCGGCAUCAAGAGCAGGAUGUGGUUCUUUGGUAUAAUCGUGCGCUUUGGCAUUCGAUUACGGAGUUUCCGGAACACUAUGGGCCGCGUGUUAUGCAUCAGUGUAAUGUUGCGGCUUCGGAUCAUCCG